UGGGAAGGUCCUUCGCUUGGCCUUCUUGGGUCCCCUUUGCAGAUCGUGGGCGCGCACCUGAAGCUUGCGGAGCCAGGUAGCCGGAGCUACCCGAUCAACUUCCCUUUUCUUAUUGGGUCCGGGUCCUCGGAUCUUCCUGAGGGUUUUAUAGUUGAAACCUCUGCUAGGGAUGAGUGCAAGGUAUAAGGGAUGGAAUAGAUGCGAGAUGGACUGUUCCAGUGUUCCUAAACUCAAGUGCUGGGCCUUGAACUCAGGGCCUUUUCUUUGCUAGGAAACUCCUCGAGGGGCCUCUUGCAGACCCCUAUGCCAAACUUGGUUCAAUUGAUUCCUAUCACCAUGGAAACUCCUUCCCAGAGCAAUUAAAGAACCUAAUGCCUAUUGUAAGAAACCAUACUUCUCUGGAUGAUAGAAAAGGUCUGAAAGAGAGAACAAAAAAUAAGGAUAAACUACAAAGAAAUGUCAAUAUCUGGAGCCCCUACUUUCUAUACUGAUGCAAAUAAAUCAGGAAAGGCAGUUACAAACCAGAAAAUUUAGAUCUUGUGUGGACAGUAAUGACCGCACGUUUCCGAUUGCCUGCUGGCAGAACCUACAAUGUUCGAGCAUCAGAGUUGGCCCGAGACAGACAGCAUACAGAGGUGGUUUGCAACAUUCUUCUUCUGGAUAACACUGUACAGGCUUUCAGAGUUAAUAAACAUCAUCAGGGACAAGUUCUGUUGGAUAUAGUCUUCAAGCAUGUUGAUUUGACUGAGCGAGACUAUUUUGGUUUACAGUUGGCUGACGAUUCCACAGAUAACCCAAGGUGGCUGGAUCCAAACAAACCAAUAAGGAAGCAGCUAAAGAAGCUGUUUUUGUUAAUUUUAGGAGGAUCUCCUUACAGUUUGAACUUUAGAGUCAAAUUCUUUGUAAGUGACCCCAACAAGUUACAAGAAGAGUAUACAAGGUAUCAGUAUUUUUUGCAAAUUAAGCAAGACAUUCUUACUGGAAGAUUGUCCUGUCCUUAUAAUACUGCUGCCCUUUUAGCUUCAUUUGUUGUUCAGUCGGAACUUGGAGACUACAAUCAGUCAGAAAAUUUGCCAGGCUACCUCUCAGAUUAUUCUUUCAUUCCUAAUCAACCUCAAGAUUUUGAAAAAGAAAUUAUAAAGUUACAUCAGCAACAUAUUGGCUUGUCUCCUGCAGAAGCAGAAUUUAAUUACCUAAACACAGCUCGUACCUUAGAACUCUAUGGAGUUGAAUUCCACUAUGCAAGGGAUCAAAGUAACAAUGAAAUCAUGAUUGGAGUGAUGUCAGGAGGAAUUCUGAUUUACAAGAAUAGGAUACGGAUGAAUACCUUUCCAUGGUUGAAGAUUGUAAAAAUUUCUUUUAAAUGCAAACAAUUUUUUAUUCAACUUAGAAAAGAAUUGCAUGAAUCUAGAGAAACAUUGCUGGGAUUUAAUAUGGUGAACUACAGAGCAUGCAAAAAUUUGUGGAAAGUGUGUGUAGAACAUCACACAUUCUUCCGACUGGAUAGACCACUUCCACCUCAAAAGAAUUUUUUUGCACAUUAUUUUACCCUGGGUUCCAAAUUCCGGUACUGUGGAAGAACUGAAGUCCAGUCAGUUCAAUAUGGCAAAGAAAAGGCAAAUAAAGCCAGGGUAUUUGCAAGAUAUCCAAGUAAGCCUUUGGCACGGAAAUUAAUGGAUUGGGAAGUAGUCAGCAGAAAUUCGUUAUCUGAUGACAGGUUAGAAACACAAAGCCUCCCCUCCCGGUCUCCACCUGGAACUCCUAAUCAUCGGAAUUCUGCAUUCGCACAAGAGGGCACCCGGGUCCGGCCGUCUUCAGUUGGCCAUUUGGUAGACCAUGUGGUUCACACAUCCCCCAGUGAUGAUUUUGUAAAUCAGAGAUCUCCAUCAUCAACACAAGCUAAUAGCAUAGUUCUGGAAUCAUCACCAUCACAAGAGACCCCUGAAGAUGGUCAGCCUCCAGCCUUACCACCCAAACAAUCUAAGAAAAACAGUUGGAACCAAAUUCAUUUUUCCCACUCUCAGCAAGAUCUAGUCAACCACAGUAAUGAAACCUUUGAUGUGCCCUCUUCCCCUGAAAAGUCCACUCCUAAUGGUGGCAUUCCACAUGAUAAUCUUGUUCUAAUCAAGAUGAAACCUGAUGAAAAUGGAAGGUUUGGGUUCAAUGUAAAGGGAGGAUAUGAUCAGAAGAUGCCAGUAAUUGUGUCCCGAGUAGCACCAGGAACACCUGCUGACCUAUGUGUCCCUCGAUUGAAUGAAGGGGACCAAGUGGUACUGAUUAAUGGCCGGGACAUUGCAGAACAUACCCAUGAUCAAGUAGUCUUGCUUAUUAAAGCUAGCUGUGAGAGACAUUCUGGGGAACUCGUGCUUCUAGUCCGUCCUAAUGCUGUAUAUGAUGUAGUGGAAGAAAAAUUAGAAAGUGAGCCAGACUUCCAGUAUAUUCCUGAGAAAGCCCCACUAGAUAGUAUCCAUCAAGAUGACCAUUCUCUUCAGGAGUCAAUGAUCCAGCUAGCUGAGGGGCUUAUCACUGGAACAGUACUGGCACAGUUUGAUCAACUGUAUCGGAAAAAACCUGGAAUGACAAUGUCUUGUGCCAGAUUACCUCAGAACAUUUCCAAAAAUAGAUACAGAGAUAUUUCGCCUUAUGAUGCUACACGGGUCCUUUUAAAAGGUAAUGAAGACUACAUCAAUGCAAACUAUAUAAAUAUGGAAAUUCCUUCUUCAAGUAUUAUAAAUCAGUACAUUGCUUGUCAAGGGCCAUUACCACACACUUGUAAAGAUUUUUGGCAAAUGACUUGGGAACAAGGUUCCUCCAUGGUUGUGAUGUUGACCACACAAGUUGAACGUGGCAGAGUUAAAUGUCACCAGUAUUGGCCAGAACCCACAGGAAGCUCAUGCUAUGGAUGCUAUCAAGUCACCUGUCACUCUGAAGAAGGAAACCCUGCCUAUAUCUUCAGGAAGAUGACACUGUUUAACCAAGAGAAAAAUGAAAGUCGUCAACUCACUCAGAUUCAGUACACAGCGUGGCCUGACCAUGGAGUACCUGAUGAUUCAAGUGACUUUUUGGAUUUUGUUUGUCAUGUCCGAAACAAGAGGGCUGGAAAGGAAGAACCGAUUGUUGUUCAUUGCAGUGCUGGAAUUGGAAGGACUGGGGUUCUUAUUACUAUGGAAACUGCCAUGUGUCUCAUUGAAUGCAAUCAGCCAAUUUAUCCACUAGAUAUUGUAAGAACAAUGAGAGAUCAAAGAGCCAUGAUGAUCCAAACACCCAGUCAAUACAGAUUUGUCUGUGAAGCUAUUUUGAAAGUAUAUGAAGAAGGUUUUGUUAAACCAUUAACAACACCAUCAAAUAAAUAAGAAAGCAAAAAGUUUGAGAUAAGUAUUGGGAAACUGAUUUUUGUUGCAUUCACUGUGCCAUAAUACUGCUCACAGGAAAUGGCAUCUCACACAAAAAAGAGAACUCAAACAAACUUUGGAAACUUCAGCACUAUUGCACUUUAUGUUUAAAAAAGUCACUCAAAACCUAUAACUCAUAUGUUUGACUAUUUUGUGCUUUGCUCUGAACAAAUAGUGGGAACUGAAUAUGUUCAGGGUAAUUUGUGGAAUUUCAAGGUGGUGCCAUGCUGUCCCCUCUGGUGGAAUUGCCCCAGACAAGGCUCAGAAUUCUCAUCUCUGUUACACACCUGUACCUUGAAAGCAAAAAGGAGUAAACAUCAGGAGUCUGCUCUGGUCUUUCCAGUGGUUCAUGUACUUACUCUACUGAGUACCAGAUUUUAUUUUUCAAACGUUAGCAAUACCAUUCUCAACAUUAGCCAGUACACUGCCUGUGGAUGCAGCACAUCCUCCCUGACAUCCCCAGUAGGGACCUGCUGUUGAGAAGAAAAGUGGAACUUGCUGUUCCCAGGAAAUGCUGCACAGUGUCCAUUUACCAGCAUCUUAUAGAAACUAUAUCUAUGAAUCUAUGGAUUUUCUAGGAUUUAAUAAUGUAACUUAUAUUUAUCAUAAGGUUGGCUUAUUCCAAAUCAUGUGAUUUCACAUUCUUGAUGUAAAGGAAUGCAUGCAUCGUGUCUUAACCCCUUAAGUGCCUUGAAUUAUCUUUGUCUAAUGAAAAGGCACUCAUUUGACCCCAUAGGAGGUAUGUAUACUAUACAUUCUUAAAGUUUUAUGAAUUUUUAAUAAGUUCACAGUGUAAAAAACAGCUCCUUAUGUUGAGAGUUAUACAAAGAAGGGUAAGGAAAUUUUGUUUCUUACCCAGUGCUUGCUUGUACUUUGCCAUAAAAGCGAGGAUGGCUGGGUUCUGCUGAGAGUGCAUUCUGCUGCUGUGGAAUUGUUCACAAUCUGUACAUUCCUUUACUGAGGAACAGGGGUUAAAGUUUAGCAGCUUAACUUAAAAAGAGGGUUUAUUCUUCAGAUUUCAUAUUUACUUUACCCCUAACUUAAAAAGUAAUGUUUAACAUGUGCAUUAGAGAUAAACAUAUUAACACUCUAAGCUACAGUUACAAAGGUAAUGUAUUCCUGUCUAUAACUGAAGUCUUUCCCUGCAGCACUCAUUCCAGUUCAUAUCAGGCUAUCUUCACAUUGGUCUUUCUUUUAUUUUUUCUUUUUCUUUUUCUUUUUCUUUCUUUCUUUUUUAUUUAUUUAUUUUUUUGAGUGUUGUGUUUUUCAAGACAGAGUUUUUCUAUGUAACAGUCCUGGCUGUCCUAGAACAUGCUGGCCUUGAACUCAUAGAGAUCUGCCAGCCUCUGCCUCCCAAGUGCUGGGAUUAAAGGCAUGUGUUAAUUCCACCUGGCACAUUGGAAUUCUUCAGACAAGGAAUUAAAUACUAUUGACUUCUUCUAAAUGUGACCCCCAAAAUAGUAAAUGUAGGUUUUCUUGUCAUUUUUCUAUACAAUUAUAUUAUCUAGUUUAUAUAUGCCUAUUAAAUUACAAGCAUGUUUAGUGAGGCUUUUGAUUGUCCAUUUUGACUGAAGAUUCAACUCCUAUUACAGAUCUGUGUAGUUUCCUUAUCAGCUUCCUCUGUUUUAAGUCUGUGGAGAUGGAUCUUUAAAAUUGCCCAAUUUAAUGUGAGAAUUUGCUUCCUACUCAAAUGAUAUUUUAUAUGGGUAUAGUUAAAAUAGGCACAUUUGCUAGUGGUUUCAGAAUAUUUCUGUAGUCUUGAUAAAAAUAGAUUCCAAUAGUAGGUAUUUUGGAUAGCUAUUUAAUUAGAGGGGUGACAUACAUUUAAAAAUCUUUAGUAAAAUCUAAAUUAUUGAUUCACAUAUUCAAUAAUCCAUGAUAGUGAAAUUCAGAAGUUAAGCCCCAAAACAUUAAUGGCCAGUGUGCCAAAUAAAUUCUCAUUUAUAAAUAUUUUCUUAUUUUUUAGAGAGACAUAAACAUCUUUAUGUCAAACAGAAGUCCUCCUGUUCUGACUUCACAUGCAAGACAAUAUAAGAUAGUGAAAAAUAGUUUCACCCAAGCAUUCCAUCCUCUACCAGAGGCAAAUGUAAUUUAGGCUAGUAGCAUAUCAUUACAAGUUAAAAAGGGAAAUCAAGUUGGAGAUUUAUACAUUAUGCAGUUACUUUAUUUCAUUGAUGUACUUUAGUCUAAAUUUUAAAUGUCUACCCUUGCUAUGUGGAUAGAAUUGAUAACCCUAGGCAAAAAGAGAAAAGCUGUGUAGAAGUUAAAAGGCAAUGUCAUAAUUCACUUGCUCUUUAAUGUAAAGCUUUAUUCACACCUCUGUAGUUAUCACUGAUGUUGGCAAACAGCAUUGCUGCCUUUUAAAUCAUUGUUGCUUGUCAUUAAGUGACGAGUGUAGACUUAAAUUUAAAUUUCUCAUCUGAGAACUGUCCUCUAUUGAUAUUUUACAUGUAAAAACAGUCCUUUUAGAACAUUUGUUAUGCUCUUAAGCUAAAAUUACUCUUCACAAAUUGUUAAUAUGGAUAUGCUAAUUAAAUUUUCUUAGGUAUCUAACAUAUAAUACUGUCCUUUACACCUAAGCAUUUAAUCAGUUUAUUAAUCUAAAUAGAUUUCUAGAAUAGUUUUUAUAGCCAAGUAGUGCUAGACUUCAUACAUACUGAUGUAAUAUUGUGUGACAGAGAUCCAAUUUCUUGAAUUAAACUACUUUUCUAUUUCACUACCCACCCUUAGAACCAAACCCUGACAUUUAUUCUGGCAAGUAAAAAAAAAAAAAUCAGUAUUGGUGAAUGAGGGGCUUUUUGUACAUGCUAAAAAGUAAAUGUGAAAAAUUUCCCUUUCUGAAUUUAGAUGAUUUUUCUGUGCUUCUUUCAAGUGUUUUAUUGAGCAUCUGGUUUUCCUCAGCACUGUCUAGAUACUCUGUAGUAAUAUUUUGGAGUAGACUUUGCAUUCACAAAAAGAAUAGGUUGUAUUUGCUAAACUAAUCCACCAUUCAAAAGUGAGGCACAAUAAAUAGCCCCCGAAAAAACCUUUGUGUCGCCUUCUGGGGCAAGUAAUUGGGAAAGGACAAUGAUUGAUCAUUUUGACCUAAGAAAAAAGAUAACAUUGUAUGAAAAUUGACUUCAAAUGCACAAAGUUAUGCUGAGCCAUUAAGACAGUUACUUGAAGGUUUUGGGUACUACUGUACAUGCCUUCAUAGAUAAACAUCAGUACAUUGGCUUGCAUGUGUACUUCAUGAAGGUGUGUCCAGAGACUGAAUGGACUUUGACCAUGGGGUUGUUUAUAUCUCUUGGCAGGUCUGGACCAAGUCUAAUUUGUUAUUUGAGCAAAAAUGUCUCUUGUAGCGGUACUACACUUGAGAGCUAUAAGAAGUUGAAAGAUCUUUGUCCAAUCUCUACUUCCUUAUGAUAGGAAGGACAAGAGACCCAGCAAUUAAUUUAAUGGAAUCUGGUCAUCUUAAAGUUUUCUAAUUCUCCAUCUAGAGAAUUGUUGCUGUAAUAGAUUAGAACUUCAGUAAAUUGUGAAUAUGAUAAAUGCUUGUUAAUUUUAUCUAUUUCUACCUGGGAAGCAUGCUCAGUAUUGUCACUUUGAAACUUUGACACCUUAGAAAUAUGAAAGUAGGCUUCAAAAGUGAUGUCAAUUAGGACUUGGGCCAAGUUUGCUAGUUGCACUUCCCUAACAGAUGAAUAUAAGCUGUUGUGAAGUAUAUAGGCUGAUACACAUACAGUAGACAAACUGAACUGCAAGUAGGAAGGCGGUUUUAAGGCACUUAAAACAUAGAACUGAGAUUUAGAACUUAUAUCUACUUGCAAAAUUAUUUAUAUUCAUAAUGUGAACAUGUGAUAAAAUUGAAGUAUGGCUUGUUUAUCAGGAAGAGCGAAGGAAACAUGAAUUUAUAGCAACAUGCUAUCUAAUGUUUGUGCUUUGAAUAUUUAAAAUACUCUGAUGGUAAAGUUGCCAAAGUAGUUUUGAACUCAUGUAAGUUGUUUAUACCACAAUAAUGUGGGAUAUGUUUACAGGCUCUUUAUAGUACUUAUUUUAUAGUUCUGAUAAAUUUGUAUUUAAGCCAUUUAUAGUAAAUAUGUGAUGAUAAAUAUUUGCUGGAAUAAACAUCUCAGUAAUAUAGCAAAUCAUAUCUAAAUGAUCCCACAGUCUGCUUUCAUACAAGGUGCUGCAUCCACAAAGCAAGUACUUUGUUAACAUUGCUCACAUCCAACUACCAUUCCUGGAGCCAUUUGUGGUGCUUCCGCCAAGUAAAACAGCUGUCAUUAUAUUAUCAGUGGAUUGAAUUUAUCAAAUAUUUAGAAUUACUGAUCUGUUGACAGAUACUCAUUUGUGUCUCAGUGUGAGGGCUAAUUGCUAAUAGAUAAUUUCAUCAAUUUUAAGAAUACAAAAAAUAAUCCCAAAAUUAUAUGUUUUGGGAUAUGCUUUUUACCACAAUUGUUAUUUUUCAUGGAUUUCAUUUACUCUUAGUAGCAGUUACUAUAAUAAACUUCUCUGUGUUAACAGAAAUAGCAGCCCUUUUAUUCCAACCCAAAAUUACUUUCUUUCCAUGCCCUAGGUGAAUUUGUUUUGAAUACAUACCAUAGUUACUUAUUUCCAUAUAUAAAUGUGUUGCUGCUUAUUUUACGUUUUUCUACUAUGGUAUACUGUUGAUUUCUAAAGUUGUUUAUUUUUUUGUCCUCCAAAGCUAAAUGGGCAGCCAUUAGUCAUAGCUGCUUGACAGCAGUUCAUCUAUAUUAGCUAGGUAUGGUUCAGUACAUACACAAGUAAGCCAAUAGUACUUUUAAUUUGCAGAACGUUAUUAGCAAUAUUGCAAGUUAAAAACUACACUGUUAAGGAAGAGUUCAAAUGUUUAGCUUUCUGGAACCUUGUAAAAAUUCCAGUAUAAGAAUGAAAAAGGAAACCUUGUUAAGGUCAUAAAGGUUUCGAUUAAACAUUGUAGAGUUUUCCUAUUAUUAUGUAAAUGAUAUACAGAAAAUAUUUUUCUAUGAACAGAAGGUUAAUAAAACUGUUAACUUUAAUUUCAUUGUUUAAAAGGGAUAAAACAAUAUUUGUAUGUCUUUCGUGCUGUAAAGAAAAUGAAUGUAUCUUUCAAAUGUUAGAGUUAUUACUUGAUUCUAAGUAUAUUGUGUUUGUUUAAAAAAGAGAGAGAAAUCUGCAAAGGAGUGAAAAGAGUGUUAUAAGUCAUUAUGUAAAAUGCAUUGUUGGAAGAAAUGGAAUUUCAUUAUAAAUGGUCACUGUCAAAGCAUUUUUCACAAAUAGUGUACAUUCAUUUCACAUUGCUCUGUUUUGGCUCUAGAAGUUUUCCUUAAAAGUUGUAUAUACUAUUUUGAGUGUUAAGUAUUUUAAUUCUAUGCUUGUAGGGAAGAAUGUUUGUGUGUUAGGCUAAGUGUGCUGCUACAUGUGUCUACCAUGGAGGAAAGUUCCCAAGCUUUGUCAGUGUUGCAGCCACCAAUGGGGGCAUCAUUGUAAGAAUGUGAAGCCAGAAACCCAUGCCUAAGAGCCACUGCAGUAGUUAUGUGCAGAGGCCUCUGACCCUGCUAACGAGUUUCCCUUUUUAUCUUCAGUAAUGUGGAUAGUAGGACCACUGGGCCCAACUCUUGUGACUUAAAACAGUGGUGGCUUGUAUGCUUACAAGUUUAUUCAGCUAAGUGAAAACUCUUCACUUUAAAACAGUGCCUGUAGGCAUAAUUUAUUUGUUAAAUAUCGCCUUUAAAUCUAGUAAUUACCAAUUAUUAAACUUUAUGAAAUUGGGAAUUAAUUGUUUUGAUGCUUUCUAACCCUCCAUACUAAUUUUAACUUAUCAUGACAUACCCUGAACAACCAAAAGGUAAUCCAAGGUUAGUGUCAGAUUUCCUCAACCCCAGCAGUUAACAAAGUUUGGCACUAUUAAUUCUGGUAACUUAGAAGUCACAUUGUUAAGUAAAGUUGCUGCCAGGGCUCAACAAGAAAAUAGCUUUUUCUUCAACCUUUGGCCCAAAUUGUUGCUGCUUUGUGGUUUCCCUAGAUCUACUACUAUAUGUCAUUAUAUCUACUAUCGUCAUAAUUUGGCCUAUUUACCUUUUUUAAAAAUAUUUGUAUUAUAUUAUUACAGUUAUUUGCUUUCCUGGUCAAGGAUGUUUCAACACAAUUCUGUGAUUUCUUUGGAUUCAUCUUUCCUAGUCUUUCAGUGAGUUAGCAAGACUCCUCAUUCCUGAAUCCUGUAGAGUAGGUCAUAUUUCAGUGCUAAAAUUGACUUCAAAUAGCACUUUAUUUCAUGCUUACUACUGACUUAAUUUAUACAUUAAAAAUAUCUAUCCUAGGAGUUUUGUAAAUACAAAAAAAAUCAAUUAGUAUUAGAGUUUAUUAGAAUGGCCCCAAGUUUAAAUGCUUUAUAAUUAUCUCUUGAUAGUGUCUUUGAUAUUUAAGAGGUAACCUAUGUGAUUUUAGCUCUGCAAUUUUUCUGUCAUUUGUAUAAUACAAUAGAGGCUGCCCAGCCGACUAUGUUGCUGGAUUCAGUUCUCUCAGCUAGCUUCAACCAAGCUUGGUUUACUAAAGUUGUUUCUGCUCUGCAUUUUGUGAACAUCACAUGAAUACUUCGAAGUUCUGUUUCUCAGUGUAGUUAAGUAGAUGCUGCACCACAAGUACAUAGUUUAUAUAGAAGACAAAGGGCAGAAUUUAUGAUACUGUAACAGUUUAUAUUAAGCUGUUUUCAUAUUCUGCCAGUACAGUAUAUCUGCUAUAAAAAAUAAAAGUUGUCUACCCUAGUGUUCUCCAGCAUCAGAACGUACCACUUAUGAACUAUGUUGUAAUCUUUUCAAAUAAGAAAAGCUAGUCCUUGUUUUCUACAGUGUAGGUUUAACUUUAGGACUGAUAGUUUAUACUUAUCAGUACUAUUUUUAAGCAGUAGUUUUAAAAUUAUUUCUAUGUAGAGGGUAUUUUACUUUGGGAACUUUCUUUUCUUGUAAUAGGUGCUAUAUGUAAAUAUGGAGUGAGAAGUUUGCUUGGUUAAAAGUCUACUUUAUUUCCUUAUUAAAAUAUUUUUCAUUUCUAUUUCCAUUUCAUGUUUUGUACUGAACUAAUAGCAGAAUGGAAUUAGUCCUUUAAUGUUGUUGAUUACCUUUUCUCCCAGUUGUACAAAGAUAUCUCUGUGUGCUUUGGUCUCAUGAUUAAGAGCCAAAGAAGCUAAGAAUGAAAACUUCAAAUACAUAAGCUUGAAUUUGGUCAACACUGGAUUAUUUGAAAUGAUCACUGUGCAUUUGUCACUGCAGAUUACUGUACGUUGAAAGGCCUUAUGUUUUGUCUUAAUUUCAGUGAAAAUUAGAAUUCCUGCCAUUCAUGGUUUUAAACAAUCUACACAUACCAACAGUGAACAGGAUAAAAAAAUGCUAGUCUGCAUUGAAACUGUUUUAGUCCUAACAUCAAUUUAUGUUAUGUGCAAUGCUAGUACACAUAUUUUGUUGGGCAUAUUUCGUUUUGAUUGAGUAGUUGUUCAGGUACAAAUGGGAAAAGGGAAAAAAAAAAAAAACACCUCUAGCUGUUAAUGUUCAAUUGAAAAAUAAAGAUGUGCUUUAGUAUU